CUCCUCCUCCUCCUCCUUCUCGCCCUCGCGCAUCUGUUUCUCUUCAUAAUGCUGCCUGUGCUGCAGAGAUGAUGCGUGCUUCGUUUCGUGCCGUGCAGCCACGCGCAUCCCUGACCCAUGCGCUCCUUACUAGGCCUCCUGUCAUCCUUCCUUUCAUAAAGGGCCCUAUCGCUCGAUUGAGUAGUACUACUCCUCCUCCUCCUCCUCCUCCUCCUCCUUCUUCUCAGAUCUCAUCCGUCGAGAGUGGACAUAUUGAUCUGAAGGAUGAUGAGGGGCUUCUUUUUGUAAAUAAUAUAUUCCCGUCAAAGCUACAGUGGCUGUUGCAAGGACCUCUGAGCGGAACUCGAGCCUAUGAAGAGGCAUUGAAGCGGAUCGACAGACCCCAUCUUGCGGCAUCAGACCCCUUGCGCAUCAUCCGUCGGGUUUUCCCGCAGGGCUUGGAUAUCGACAUCCGGGAGGUUAUCCCACGCUUUAGAGAAGGCGGCGCGUUCGUGAAGUACACGCGCAAGGACGGUGUCCCGGACACUGACAUCGUAUCCGCGAUCCAGAAUCAUCUGGAGGAACAACCCAUUCGGCCCUGGUUCAAUCCGUUUCAGCAGGUCAAGGUUGCUCACGUCCAUGGUAGGCCAUGGAUCGAGGAUUUGUAUCGCAUCCCAAGCCAGCGGCUGCGGGUGGAAUUCCUGCCAGCCUCCGAUGGAACCGCGGCGGAGCUGUCCACGGAAACUUUAUAUUCUCUCUUCCGCAGAUAUGGCAAGCUGAGGGACAUCGACAGGCAGCCGUCUGAUUCAAAGAUCAUUCCGAGAUACGCUUUCGUGGCAUUUUCUCGCCCCAAGUACGCAGUCAUGGCCAAGAACUGCAUGCAUGGGUUCACCAUCUAUGAGGAGGAGCUCGGCAAUAAGGCAGGUACACGAAUCAAGAUCAAGUACGAGCGGAAUAUCAAGUUGUCGGUCAUCAAGGACUGGAUCCUGAACCACCCGAGGAUCGUGAUCCCGGCCAUCGCGGCGCUUGUUGCUGCCAUCACUGUGACUGUUUUCGACCCGAUCCGUACAUUCUUCGUUGAAAUGAAGAUAAAGGCUACCUUGCAAGCGGAGGAGAGUAGUGUCCUUCGAUGGAUCAGGAACCAAGCCAACAAAGCCAAUAUUAUAUAUUUCGGGCGCCGUAAAGCUGACCCUCGCCGGCUCACUGCUAUCUGGGAGGACCGCCAGGGCGAUAUCAAACAGCUGCAGUCCUGGCUGAUGGAAAAUGCCGAGACCUUCAUCGUCAUCCACGGGCCCCGUGGUACAGGCAAGCGGGAGCUCGUGUUGGAUCGGGCUCUGGAGAACUACAAGUACAAGGUUGUCAUCGACUGCAAGCAAAUCCAGGACUCGAAAGGCGACACCGCGAAGAUUGCCCGUGCUGCCAGCCAAGUGGGUUAUCGGCCGGUGUUCUCAUGGAUGAACAGUAUAAGCAGCUUCAUCGACCUGGCUGCCCAGGGUAUGAUUGGCACCAAGGCCGGGUUCUCCGAAACCCUGGAUGCCCAACUCAGCAAGAUCUGGCAAAAUACUGCCACUGCCCUAAAGAAGGUCGCAUUGUCCAACCGGAAGAAGAAUGACAAAGAAGAACACCUCUCGGAUGAAGAAUACUUAGAGGCUCAUCCCGAGCAGCGUCCUGUGGUGGUCAUCGACAACUUCUUGCACAAUGCCUCGGAGGACAGCGUGGUAUACGACAAGAUCACGGAGUGGGCUGCGGGCCUGACGACGGGCAACAUUGCGCAUGUGGUGUUUCUCACGACUGACGUUUCCUUCGCCAAGCCUCUGAGCAAAGCGCUGCCAAAUUCCGUGUUUAGAACCAUCUCGCUGGGCGAUUGCUCCCUUGAAGUGGGAAGAAAGUUUGUGCUCAGCCAUCUGGACUACGAUGCGAAGAAUGGCGGCAAGCAACAGAAUGUAGGAGACCUGGGAGGCCUGGACAGCCUGGACAGAUGCAUUGAAGUACUGGGUGGUCGAGUGACCGACCUCGAAUUUAUGGCACGGCGUAUCGAGGCUGGAGAAACUCCCCGAGCGGCCGUCAAUCGCAUCAUUGAACAGUCUUGCUCCGAGAUUUUGAAGAUGUUCGUCUUGGACCCCGACAUUGGCUCCAAGCAGUGGAGUCACGAACAGACUUGGCAUCUGAUCAAGACGCUCGCCAACUCCAAGGAUGGGACUCUCCCAUACAACCAAGUCCUUCUUUCCGACCUGUUCAAGGAAAACGGCGAGGCCACCCUCCGGGCCCUGGAACAGGCCGAGCUGAUCUCCAUCGGGUCCGUCCACGGCUGCCCUGACGCGGUGAAGCCAGGCAAGCCGGUCUAUCGGGCCGUUUUCAAACGACUGACGGAAAACAAGACCCUGAGCAGCCGCCUGGACCUGGACAUCCUCAAGCAGCUUACAAGCGACGAGAACAAAAGCAUUGGCAAAUAUGAGCAGGAGCUGCAGUUGCUGGGGUCGCUACCCAAGCAGCCUUGGGAGCUGGCCGAUCGGAUCCGGUGGCUCCUGCAGAAGGUCUCCAGCUCUCAGGACAAGGUCAGCCGCCUGGGAUGGCCCGGGAUGAUCGCCCUGCUGGUCUUCGUCUGCGUGGCCACGCGCCUCAUCACCGGGUUCCAGAGCCGUGCCCGUCGUGCCCCGGAUGGGGGACAGCCACGCCCCGUGAGGACGGUGCCGUACUGGAUCCCCUGGCUGGGACAUGGCCCUGCCUUCGCCUGGAAUCAUGUGAACCUCAUUCAAAAAGCCAGAGAGUCAAUGAAGGAGCCCGUGUUUGGCAUCCUCAUGGGAGGCACCCAGCACCAAGUCGUGGUGUCUCCAUCCUUGGUCAAGUCGGUGUUCGCCGCCCGAGGUACUAACUCGACAGAUCUGAUCAACUAUGCCUUGGAGAAGAUCUUCGGGGACCGGGGUGUGAUCCGUACCUUGAAUGCGGUAGACCACCAUGCGCUCAACCACAGUCUUCCCAAUCUCCUCAUGCGCGAGCCCUUCCUCUCGGAAGGCACCACCGCGGCCACCCGCCUGAUUGAGCGGGAGGUCCCUAACUUGGUGACCAACUGCCAAAGCAUUGUGGACCAGACGCUGUGGGAGCGUGGCAGCCAGGCCGAAGUGGUUGAAGGGGAGGGCGCGUUGGCCUGCGAGGUCAACCUCUUCGCGCUGAUCAGAAGAUUCGUCGGGCACAUCACCACGGCGAUCUUCAUGGGGGAAUCUCUUGUCGAGGUCUACCCUACUCUGUUGGAGGAUGUCUUCACGCUGGAUAACCAGUUUGUUCCUCUAUCCAUGGGGAUCCCUCGCUUGGCACAUCCGGGGGUAUCGGCAGCGCAUGCUUCACGUAAGAAGCUUCUUGCCGCCCUUACAGCCUAUCACCACGCUUUUGUCUUAUGGGACGAUGGGAUCGACCCCGGUCUCAAAUUCCGUGAUCUUGAUGAUAUCUCCGGACCUGUCAAGGAGAGGAUCCGCAAGUGCAAAGGGCUGGGUCUUUCCGCGAGGGCCAGCGCACCGGUGCAUCUGUCUUUGCUCUGGGCUAUGAAUGGAAACUCCCCGAACGCGGUUUUCUGGCAUCUCCUCCGCAUCUAUGCGGAUCCCUCGCUUCUCAAAACGAUCCGCAAGGAGAUUGCACCUUACGUGAAGAUUUCCCGGCCCACCAGGGAGGAGACAGGCUUCCCCUUCCAGGAGGCCCCCAAGGUUUCCAUCGACGCGGAAGGAUUGGUUAAGUCUUGUCUGUUGCUUAAGGCCAGCUUCUACGAGACCCUGCGCAUGGAUUCGGCCCCGGUGUCCUUCCGAGGAGUCACGUCCGAUUACACGAUCACGGAAUCCGCGGAAGAUGCCGCCCUCGACGGGGUCGCACAACCUCGCUCGUAUGAAAUGAAGAAGGGCGAUAGCAUCGCUAUCCCUCAUGCCGUCAUCCACAACGACCCUCACUAUUUCUCGAAACCUGGCGAGUUCGACCCGUCGAGGUUCAUCGCGACCGAUCCUGAGACUGGCGAAAAGAAGACCAGCGUACACACGAUCAAGCCGUUUGGCGGUGGCGUGUCUGGAUGUAAGGGCCGGGCCUUCGCGGAGAGAAAGCUUCUUGCCUUCGCCGCUGCGAUUGUCGCCAUGUGGGACAUUGAACCGGUUCAGGACGGAGGCUUUACGAUCCCUGACCACCGGCAGUCGGGUGCCGCAUACCUGCCCACGAGAGAUGUCCGAGUGCGCAUGAAGCAGCGCGUUUAAGACGUAAGUCGCAGAUGGGGG